UUAAGAUAAAUUAAAUACAAGAUGAAUAACUAUUUAAUUAUCAGUUUUUUUGUGUUUUCUUUAUUUUUAAAAGGCUAUUCUGCAACUGACAUUGCUGAAGGCGACGAUAAUGAAACGCCAAAUGAAAAGACAACUGAAGAAUUCCCACAAGAUAACAUUGAGAAGUACAUUGAAAUGUUUGAGGAAACAGCACGUCAGUUAAACAAGGCUUCAGAUGAAGAUGUCACUGCUUUGGAAAACACUAUUGAUAUUUACGAUGAAAUGUCAGAUAUAGUACAGGCUUUUAUUGAUUUAAACAUUAAUUCUAAUAAUGUGUACAAAUUUCUACGCGCGAAAGGUUUAGAUCGAGUAGUCGCUCCGUAUUUAAAAGUAAUACACACACCAUUACGUCGACAAUUUUUAAUAUUAACAAAACAAUUGCUAGAUAUUGCACCAACGACAGCAAAGGCAAUAAUCCCAGUUAGCAUUUUAGAUAAUCUUUUAGAUAUAUUUGAAAAUGACCACAAUUUAUCAUUAAAAGCUUACGCGUUAGAUAUUUUACAUUCAUGGUUGCCUGGUAACCCUAAAAUGCAAGCACGUGUUAUGAAACUUAAAGGUCUUGAUCCAUUUUAUCAUCAAAUAAGUAAUUUAGAUAUAACAGUUAUUCAUACAUUAUUGGAUUUAUUUAAUAAAAUUCUCGAUGAACAUAUUAAAGCUAGAGAGACACCGAGGACUAGAGAAAACGCGGAAGAUUUAGUGAUGUACCAAAGAAUUGGUCUGAUUGAAAGAAUGUCGACAUCGCACGUGUGUGAUGGAUUGCUUAAUAUAUUUGAAAGUUCAUUACCUUUUAUACCUAGAACUGGACAGAUUAUAUCUUCGAUGUUUGAACUUGUUAAAAAGAUAAAACCGUUUUGUUUAAACACAUAUAAAGGAAAGUCUAGACCGAUUGAAGUUUUUAAUGAAUUAUACCAAUUUGUUAACGAUAAAUCGAAUGAUAGAGCAUUUGAAAAGUAUGGAAUGAAUAAAACUGAUAUUUACGCAGUUUUAGAAAAAUACGUACAAGAAUUGAAAUAUGCUGUUGUUAAAGACGAGUUGUAGAAACAAAAUUUCAUAUUAAAUUUGCUUAAUAAAUAU